AUGCCCUCAGCCGACCAGUGUGCUCUCGGGUGGCGCGGGCACGGCACCAGCUGCUACAAGAAGAUGGAAGUCCCCAACGGUUGGCUGGGCGCCUGGCACCACUGCGUCUGGCUGGGCGGCAACCUGGUCUCGAUCACCUCCUCGGCCGAGGAAAACUUUGUGAAGGCGACCAUGGGCGUGGACACCCGCUUCUGGCUGGGACUUUCCAACCAGAAAUGCGACAAGGUCUGGUGUCGCUUUGAAGGCGGGAGCCAGAAGCUGACCUGGUCCGAUGGCCAGACAAUAAAGCACACCAACUGGGCCCCAAAUCAACUCGAAAGCGCCGACGUUGCGUCCUGCGCCUACGUCAACCAAAAGGUUUGGAAGAAUUCCGGGAAGUGGAGGUCUGGCUCCUGCGCUUCCUCCUUAGCCUACAUGUGCAAACGGCCGCUGGACUGCCCGACGUGUUCCCCCAAAAGUGGUCCUGCUGUAGUGAAGACUUCUGACUGCGACGAUGGCAACGUCCUUUAUGGCGAUCAUUGCUAUUUUCAUGGCACGAGUCGUGAAACUCAAGAGGAUGCUGAGGAGUUCUGUCUCGCCCGGGGAGCCCAACUGCCUCGCGUCCACUCUAAGCGAGAUGGCCAAUUCCUGUAUGGUAAGCACCAAGAAGAACCGCCGUAG